AUGGCAAGGUCAUUGGCACGCGGAAUAAACAGGUUCGUUGUAUGAUCGUUAUUCCUAAUGACUUCACUAAAAUACAAUGAAAGGGAAUAUGAAGCUUGUGAUUGGUUUUUAAAUAUACAAACACAAAGAUCUGUCUCUGAACUUCAAUCAGAUCUGUUCGUCUCAAAUAGCGGAUUCUUGGUUGAUAACAGAACACAACGUUUUGUAGAGCGUUACUUCAAUGCAUUUUAUUUAGUUGAUGUUGGUGGGGAGUUUGAAAAUGAUAUUUGUAUAUUAAGGCAUAGCAAUACUUUGUGUGUUGUUGGUCUUGCUUGUGGGCACCAUAUUUUUAAAAGGUGUAGCAAGAAUUCCUCUAGUGACUGUUCUUCUUCCGUAACUCACGAAAUUUUAGGAUUAGACUAUCAGGUAAAUAUAUGUUACCUUUCCUCAUAUAAUUUAUACUGAUUUUAAAUCAUUCAUGUUGAGCAAAUUUGUAUUACGUCCCUUUGUCUUUAUAUUGUAGUUUGAUUUUUAUGACAUGCAUUUCAUUUUUAGUAUGCACAUGACUGUCAAAAUAACUCUUUUCUACUAUGAAUGUGUGUUUGAUAUUACUGUUACCUCCCAUGGAGGAGCAUAAGGCGUCCACCAGAACUCUCCAUCGAGCAUUGUUGCGAGCGAUCCUUCCUAGUUGUUAUCCAUUCUUUUGAUGUCUGCUUCAGAUUGCCAACUCAAUGUUCUUCUUCGUCUUUUCCCUUUCCCUUCAGGAUUACAAGUUAGCGCUUGUUUUGUGAUGCAGUUUGAUUUCCUCAAUGUGUGUCCUAUCCACUUCCAACAUCGUUUCCUAAUUUCCUCCUCAAUCAACGGACAUUGACUAUCUAUAGUAGACAAUUGUUUAUAAAUAUACUUGUACUGUUUUGGUGAUGGAUGUGGUAGUUAUCCACGUCUCAGCUCCGUACAGUAGAACUGAUUGUCUUAACGUUAGUAUUGAAGAUUCUGACUUUGAUAUUUGUUGACCGAUAGUUGUUCUGAGUUCUAUAUGUUCUUCAACUGUAGGAAUGCUGUUGUCGCUUCACCAAUCCUCAUUUUUACAUCUGCACCAGAUCCCUCACGUUCAUCGGUGACGCUGCAUAAGCAAGUGAAAGUUUCCACAUCUUCCAGGUCUUCUCCAUCAAGUGUGGUUGCGUUGGUGUUCUCUGUGUUGUAUUUGAGAAUUUUGCUUGUUCCCUUGUGUAUUGUUGAGGCCUUCUGAUGUAGAAACUGCUGCUACACUGACUGUCUUCACCUGCAUCAGUUCUUGUGUACGGGCUAGAAGAGCUAGGUAGGUGAUAUACGAAGUCCAAAUCUUCUAGUUGCAUGUAAGGUUGUACAUUGUAUGCCGUGUUUCUCAUGAGAUAUGGAAGUCUUCAUAACCCAGUCAACCCUCAGAAAAAAAAGAGAAAGAAGGGGAGUAGGCAGCCUUGCUAACCUCGAUCCUCACGUGGAAUGCGUCUGUCAGCUGUUCUUCGUGCAUAACUCUGCAGUAUAGUCGGUCCUAUGAAAUCGGUGUGAUGUUGACGAUCUUUUCGUGUACACCAUACUGUCGAAGAACUUUCUACGAAGUUUUCUUGUCCAUGCUGUCAAACGCUUCUGUAUAGUCAAGGAAGUUGAUGUAAAGUGACGAAUUCCAUCCAAUUGAUUGUUCAACAACGAUCAGUAGUGUCGCAAUUUGGUCCGCGCACGACAAAUUCUUACGGAAUCCAGCCUGUUGAUCUCAGAUCUCCUUUCUCUGGUAUGUUGAUGAGGUGCCCUUCUUUUCAAUCCAUUGGCGCGUAAUCAUCCCUCUGAAUCUUCCUGAAUAGAACGUGGAGCAUGUUUGCAGUUACCUCUGUAUGUGACAUCAGUGCUUUAGCUGGGAUAUUGUCUGGUGCUGUUGCUUUCCCACACUUGAUUUGUCUAAUGGCUAUCCUGGUUUCUUCGAUCGUUGGUUCAGUGACAUCUAUAGAAUGGUCUGUGUAUGCUGUUUCAUUCUCCAGCGGAUUCAAUGUAGCCCUUCCACGUAUUUCUGCUUGUCGGCUCCAAUGCCCUUCUUCAUCUGCUUGUUUGCUUCUGUGCAUUCGGUGUGCCUUGACUUUCUCCGUUCUUGUUCGUCUGUUAUUCAUUGCCGUCUUCUUGUUCUUCCUAUCUUGAAUCUUGACCAGGGUUUUCAUAGAGAUCCAUUCCUUAUGAUGAUGCUUCUUGUGGCCCAGAACCUCCUGACAUGUUGAAGUUAAUGCUUCUUUGAUCCCUUUCCGAUUGUCCUCCAUAGUAGUUUUUCCUUUCAGUAUAUCCUGUAAGGAUUGGAACCUGUUGUUGAGAGUUAUACUGAAUUCGUUGUGUUUGUCAGUAUCUCGAAGGAAUUCUGUAUUGAACCUUUGUAAUGCUGUUUCUCCACUUAUCCAUUGCUGUUUUUGCUUCAGUUUCAUUUUGGCAACCACCAUGUAGGUGGAUUAAGUUUGAUAUAGGUGUGUUUUAGUUAUCUGUAUCAGCAUAUUUAAGUAUAUUAAUUGGUAGCUCGGAGGAUUUUUUUAAGCUCAUGUAAUAUUUAGUUUUAAGAUUUAGAAAUUGGCAUUUCCUUAACUUUAUGUUCUGAUUCCGGUUACCUGUAUGUAUACCUAAGACAUGUGAUUAUAUCUUCCCAUAUCGUGACUGCAAGGUUGGGAAAUAGGUGUUCACUGUUAUGUGGACUAAUAUUCGCUGUUCAAGGAGUCUUUCAACACGUUUUAAUGGAUCACAAUGUUGGUUUUAGUAUUUGGUUAAUAUUUGCUUAAAGUCCAUGAAGUAACAAUCAAAUUAAUGACUCAGUGAAUGGUUAAUUAUUGAUGCAAAUACGAGACUAUAAUUAUCCUAGAACUCAGUUACCUUAUAUAUUCCUGUGAAUGAUAAUCUCCAACGGAAACUAAUACAUUGAAUAUACUCCAUAAUUUCAUUAUUACUUGAUUAUUUUAGGUUUCCAAUGGAUUAAAUCGUUCGAAAAAAAAUGUCAAAGGCCGUCGUAAACAUGGAGGUCAUGUUUUGAAUAAAUCUACAGACAUAAUAGCUUAUGCUAUUUGUGAUCGUGAAAUAAAGCAUCCUGUAGUGUGUGGCAUUCCAGGCAAUCUUUUGGAAGUUAAUAAUUCUCUAGACAUUACAAAAACCGAGUUUCAUCCUCCUAUCUCAGAAGAUCUAGGCUAUUUAAAUUCAAAAGUGAAGUUAACUCCUUUGAUAGGAAGCGAGAGUACUAUUAAUGUUGGUACCUACUUAUCCAUUAUAUUGCCAAAACCAAGACCAAGGAAGGAUCAAAGUGGGUGUAUAAUUGAUAAGUCCAUUGAUGAGUCGAUUUUACUGAUUGAUUCUCCCACUCAAAACUCUACAGCAUUAGUUGGUGAUGUUUCAGAAAAGCUUGAUGAUUUAACCCAAUCAGACUAUGCAGCACAGAUUGCUGAUUUUAUUUCACAGACAUCUCUUCCUAAAGAACAAAAGGUACUUAACUGGAAUGAAUAUUCAGCCCUUCGACAUUGUACAUAGAUUAUUCUGUGAUAUUAUUUUUUAUACUAUAUUUUUACAUUUAAAUAUAUAAAUGCUUAUCUAUACGUGAUUUUCUUGAUUUAUG